AUGGGCAGAAAUGGAGCAGGACCGGUGAUCAGAAUGUCGUCUGGCACUCAUGCCUCCGGAGGUGUAGAAUGUUGCUUCUGCAGAUGUUGCACGUGCAUACACCUGGAGUUCCUGAAGACUAUGCCUGGAAUUUUAAAGCUAUGCGAAACGAUAAUCAGUGGCUUGAUACAGAGUCUGCUAAUUAAUUACGGUUUGAGAUACAGUACAACGAUUGGCUCGGCUUUCGAAGGGGCUUUGACCACGUCUUCCGCUUGUUUCUUAACGUCGUCGGUGUUGCUCGCCUGCUACGUCGUGUCGGAAAAGUCUUACAAACUGAUCAGAUCGUCUCUCUUCGAAAUGAUGUUCAAUGCUUUAGCCUCGUUCCUGUACUUGAGCUCGGCCUCCUAUUUGGCAUUCUCCACGAAGGUGUUCCUCCUACCAGAAUAUUACAUAAGACCAGGAUUCGAUGUUUAUCCUGCGAUGACAGCGGCUUACAUGAUGAGUGGCUUCGUUGGAGUGCUACACGGUGCAGACGCCUAUUUUUCUUACGUGCAUCACAGAAGUGCACGUUGA